UAACCGACGAGGCCGCGGCCGCCGGUCGCGACGUGGUGGCCGAGGAUACCGUGGCAGAGGUGGAUACCCUGGCCAGCCAACGAACAAUCCGACACCGUCAAGAGGAGGAUAUUUCGGCCAACCAAUGAACAAUCAAACACCCCCAAGAGGUGGAUACAGCACGAGAGGCAGCCACUCAAACAACAAUCAACAAGAAGCUGAGCCGGGUGCUCUGGUUCGCUACACUGGCGCUCAUGGGUCUGAACCCGAGUGGUAGUGGGGAAGCGACUCCUAAUCCGCUCCUGACAGUCGGCUUAGUGGUCACGGAACUCCCUCCACUUAAACUGGUGAGUGGAUCUACAUUUGUGAAAAUCGAACUCAGCUCUCAUCGUCUCCUCCUCGAUAACUUGUUGUCGAUUCUUGAACUCACGGAAAGUACGGUACGUCAUACCAAAGGGCUAUUCCCUGCACUGGACGACGCCGAAAAAGGCUUUGUAACUGGUGAGCUAGCUAAGUUAGGAUUCAUCUUAGGAGAACUCUUAGCACAACUCGAAGUUACCGAUCUGGUGUCUGUAUUUAACCGUUACUCGUACUUGACCUUAGCUAAUGUCAGCGAAGCUUCCGUCGACUUAGUAAAUCACUGGUACCGAUUGUUAAAUGUCUCAUCUUCUGUAAGCCGUACCCGUCGGGGCCUCUUUGAUAUAGGCGGAGAAAUUCUCCACGGUCUCUUUGGCCUUGCCGUUGACAGAGAUGUACAGGAACUUAGGGAAGUGACAAAUUCACUACUAAUGGAAGCCAAGACCUUGUACGCUAACGAAUUAAAACUAAGUAAAAUUGUUAGCCGGUCACUAGAUGCUAUUGCUAACUUGUCUAUGGAUCUAGCUAAACAACAGAAUGAUAUAACUACGCUAGAGAAAUUUAGCAUCCUAUCUGACGUGCUAGAAGACUUGAUUGUAACCGGUACCCAUUUAAUCUCAGUUAGUGAGAAUCUUAAACUUGAGACAAGACUGUUAGAUUUGAACAUAUUGGUGAACCUGAUAGACCGAGAGUCACUCAAAGAAUUUAUUGCAUCGGGAAUUAAGGAUAAUAUCGGAGUUUUCCCGCUAUCAAAUGCACAGAUUGAUGAUCACGAAGACGUAGCCUUACAACUCCUGUCUGUAACGAAAACUAAGACCCCGUACACGUACCUCGUACGCGUGCCCUUCGUGCAGAACGAUAAGAUUUUUGAUUUGGUGUCCCUCCAGAGAUUGCCAGUCAAAACAUCAGUUGGUAAUGUAACGAGCUUCAAAUGGUUAAGCCGAGUGCCCAGGUUUGUAGCAUUUAAUACUGCGUCCUUCCUGGAACUCGAGGACGUAUCGAAGUGUCACCGCACAAGCGUAUUAUACUUGUGUGAGCCGAGCAUCGCUGCUACACAAACCGUCUUUGAACCAUCGUGCAUCUUGACCUUGCUCCAAACGCACCAACAUAGUGCGAAAUGUGAAUACGAACCUGUGGAGUCGUCUUUACAAGAGUAUGGCGUCUUUACAACUAAUGAGUGGCAUGUUGCAUUCCUGCAACCGACAUUGGUAAAGAUAAGAUGUAACUCCUCCAGCCCGAGCGUGCGCUCGACACAAAUUGUCUCAGGUAUCGUGUCAAUCUACGCACCUUGCUUUUUGCUUGGUUCAAAAGGUACGUACCGGACGAAGGUCGUGACGUCCAUGCGCGCAGACUCAAACCGGGUGAAGAUUUUUCCCUUAUCGUCCAUGCCAUCGGUCAAAGUCUCACAGACCCAGCUCACCCGACAUCUGGUAAGCGAGCUGGAAUCAAAUAUGGAAGACGUACGACAGCUGAAUGUCGCACUGGAGGCUCACAAACAGCACACGCUGGUAUGGUUUCCUCACUUUCAUGCCAUACACGGUUCCAUAACAGUCAUUUUACUCUUGGGUAUCAUUGCUUCCAUUGUCCUGUACUGCCACUGAAAACGACGUCCGCGAGUCAGAGGUAUCGCGCCCGUGCUACCGACUGUCGAGCGAAUGAUGCUCAGCAACGCGAUGGAGGCGUCGCCUCGACCCUCGACUCUGCCCGCUGCAACGACGGUAACGGUAGUAAAUCAAACUGAAGUCGUGAGACAAGCCUCCGUUCCUCGAUCUCCAGCGGAAGGGGUUGUCCGCGAGCCUAACACUCGGGUGACCUCGCACCCCAAGGGGGGAAGGAACGUAAGUCGUACCACGGAGGCAGAGCUAGCGAGUCCCACCACGGAGGUAGAGUUAACCCGACCAUUGGCGACGGCGAAACCUUGUCUCACCAUCAAUGGUGGAGAUUUUGGGGCUCACGAAUCAGACUCGGAGGAUUCCGACUGAUAAAGACAACUAAUAUUAAUUUGGAGUAUUACUGAGGAUGUGUUAAUGUUCUUUUCCAGCACAUCAAAUUAUUAGUUGUUAUAUAUCAUUAUUACUAGUAUUAAGGAUUCAUUAAUUAUCUGCAUUGAUUAUCUGCAUAUUUUAUCAGCACUUUAAGGACCUAGUCCGCUUUGUUGAGUUGUAAACUAGAAUUAAGUUCAAGUUUGUAAACCUCUUUCCCUGAUGUUCAAGUUUUGUCAACUUUCAAUAAUUUUAACGAUGGCCAUUGUAAGAGCCAAAUUAACGUAAAUAAUUGAGCAGUUCGAAAACCUCACAAGAUCCACUUAACAGUUGGGUUUUGUUAAUGAUUUAAAUUGUGUAUGUUGCAACCUAAUCGGAAGAAAAUUCUAAUGCCUUUUUUCUGUUGGCGAGCAUCAUGAAGACCGAUUGCUGAGAAGAAAUGCAAGAAAGAAGAUUGCUGAGAAGAAAUGCAAGAAAGAAGACCUAAGAAGACCAAGAAAACUUAUAUAUUUCCCGUAGGAUAAACCUUAGGAUACCCUAUAAUUUUAUGAGUUUUGCUUAUCGAGUUUUGUGUUGUGCCCGUUGGUACCUCUCUUUUAACAGUUCCUGUUUUUGUUGUAUUUACUCAGUUACUCAACGAAUAUAGUUACUCUUGAAUUAAUGAUGUACGAAUUCAAUAUUCAUAACUCGACGUAAGAAUUAACGUAAUUUUCUUCCUGCAUUGACUGACGAGGACGUCAGUCCUUCGCCGCCCCCGGAGAUGUCCGGUAUUGACCGACAUCCUCAGCUGUUCAUUGAUU